CCCAGCGACCCGGAGUUUAGUAUUUUCAUUGUUCGGUCAAUUUUAUAAUAAAGUGAACGUGCAUGCAACUGGAGCAGGCCAAAAACAUCACUAAUUCUAAUGUGUUGACAAGCAACUUUGCUUUGCAAUUGUUUGAGGGUUUGUUUAAUUUUAAUAUUUUUAAAUUUUUGACUUGUAGAGUUUCGCUUAAGGUUGACCGCUAUGGGGCGUUGGGACUUAAUGGCUAUGCCAUACCUUCCAAUGAACCAAUACAAUACUAACCUCCCAUGCAUGUUGACAUUAUUUAUUCCACAUCACAAUGUGCAAGUUAUCAACAGCUUGUUUUAUAAAUGACCAUGCUGUGCAUGGUUAUAAACCUUUAUUGGAAGAAAAAAUUACAAAAAUACUGACUUCUUUAGAAAUAGUUGCAGUUUUGGUAGUUUGAAUGUAUAUACCAGUAUGUUGAUAUGGUACAUACAUUGUACAUUAAUUAAGCUGUGUUGUAGUAAAUCACCUGAUGAAAUCAGUUUUCUGGCUUAUAGCUGUUUAAUUUUUAAAUCAAAUUCAUUUAAAGAAUACUGCACAGGUUUUUUUUAUUUGCCCGAUUUUAAAGCCGAAAUUUGGCUAUGUUCCCAAUCCCAAAAAGUAUACUUUUUUCCCCAAAAUGUGACAAAAAAUUCCCAACUUUCAAAAAAAAAAAAAAAAUUUUUUUUUUUUUAGAAAGAAGAGUCUAAUGUGUUUUUUAUCACAAUUUUAAUGCAAUUACAUAUAACAAAGUAGUAAAUGAUUUUGUUCUUUUCAUUUGAAUGAUUAUAAAGAGUUAUAUCAAAUUUAGUAUUUCCCUAAUCAGUGGACUUUUCGUUUGGAAUAAAAAGGCUAAUGAAUUUAUUUUCCCAAUUUCAUGAAAUUGCCGAUAAAAUUCCCAAUUCUAAAGCCAUGGGCUAUCUUCCCAAAAAGUGGAGAAAAAAAACCUGCUGCAGCAACAGCCCAUAGCUAUUUAAAUAUGAACAUAUCUGCUUGUUGUUUAAGAUCAAAUAGUUGUUUCAGAUGGUUAAGUCAAGCUGUUAUCUUUCAGAAAAUGAUAUGCCACAAGCGAUUGAGCAGCCAUCAAUGGACAGUACUGCUGAGCUGUCGACAGAAACUGUCAGUCAUCAUUUACAGCCUCUUGACAGGCCUUUGGCUCAAAGAGACUCUGAUAUGGAAUCAGACAAUGAAAAUGAUUUGCCUCCAGGGAUAGAUGAGCAAUCAAUGGACUAGUGCUGAGCUGUCGACAGAAACCAUCAGUCAUCAUUUGCAGACUCCUGACCGGCCUUCGGCUAAAAGAGACUUUGAUAUGAAAUCAGAAAAUGAAAAUGAUUUGCCUCCAGCGAUUGAUCAGCCAUCAAUGGACAGUAGUGCCGAACUGUCGACAGAAACUGUCAGUCAUCAUUUGCAGCCUCCUGAAAGGUCUUCAGCUCAAAGAGACUCUGAUAUGGAAUCAGGCAAUGAAAAUGAUUUGCCUCCAGCGAUUAAGAAGCCAUCAAUGGACAGUACUGCUGAGAUGUUGAUAGAAACUGUCAGUCAUCAUUUGCAGCCUCCUGACAGGCCUUCCGCUCAAAAGGACUCUGACAUGGAAUCAGACAAUGAAAAUGAUUUGCCUCCAGCGAUUGAGCAGCCAUCAAUGGACAGUCGUACUGAGCUUUCGACAGAAACUGUCAGUCAUCAUUUGCAGCCUCCUGACAGGCCUUCGGCUCAAAAGGACUCUGACAUGGAAUCAGACAAUGAAAAUGAUUUGCCACAAGCGAUUGAGCAGCCAUCAAUGGACAGUACUGCUGAGCUGUCGACAGAAACUGUCAGUCAGCAUUUGCAGCCUCCAGACAGGCUUUCAGAAAAUGAUUUUCCUCCAGCGAUUGAUCAGCCAUCAAUGGACAGUACUGCUGAGCUGUCGACAGAAACUGUCAGUCAUCAUUUGCAGCCUCCUGAAAGGACUUCAGCUCAAAGAGACUCUGAUAUGGAAUCAGGCAAUAAAAAUGAUUUGCCUCCAGCGAUUAAGAAGCCAUCAAUGGACAGUCGUGCAGAGCUGUCGACAGAAACUGUCAGUCAUCAUUUGCAGCCUCUUGACAGGCCUUCGGCUCAAAAGGACUCUGAUAUGGAAUCAGACAAUGGCAAUGAAGUUGUUGAUGAUUCAGAGUGUGAUGUGGGAUCAGAAAUUUGGCCAUUUCCAUUUCUAAGGUCCAGAAAUAUCCAAAUUCAUGAACCAGAUGAAAAGGAUGAAUUGGAAGAUUGUGAUGACAAUGUUCUGGAUCCAGAUUAUCACCCUGAAGAAGACUCGCAGGAAAGUGAUAGUGACUGUGGCAACCCGAGAGAUAACUUUGGGAAAACAGGGAAAAAGAAACAGGUGCAUAGACCAUGGUGUCAUCAAGAGCAUGCUGCAUUGCUUGAUGCAUUUUCCUCCUACCUAGUCCCGAACUGCAGGCAUCUACCUGGGGAAAACGGGAGAUAAUGAAAGUUUAGGACAACUGCAAAGCACUUGGAAACAGAACAUGGAUGAACAUCAAGUAUCAGCUGAAAUAAUGCAGUGUAAAAUUUGAGUGUGAUUGACACUUGAUAAAACUAAGGAGGGGCAUUUCUGAAAUUCUGAGAAUGUGUGCAUAUAUUGUUAACUUCUACAGCCUUCUCCCUCUUUAGACUUAGAAAAUCUGAAAAAUAGAUAAGAAGUCUGCACCAGGAAGAUGAUACUCUUGUUUUUGUGAUUGGAUGAAUAACACAUUUGGGAAAAAAUUAUGUUAAAGAAAUAUUCAAUGGGACAUCAUCACAUGGGUUUUGGGUCCUGAUUCUAUUAUUGUUUCCUGUCUCAUAUUAUUUGAUUGAAAUAUUUUACUGAUUGUAAAGUAUUGUGUAAGGCAAUUCAAGAGCUUGUAUGUACAUGAUGUAUGUAAAAAUAUGUGUAUGAGGGUCAUUUAAAAAGUCUGCAGCAUUGCCAUAUUUUUGUAAUAACUUAUCUAAAGGUAUAUAUUUACGUUUGUCUGUUAGGUCAAUCUUUUGAGUGCAACUACUACAGUUUUGCAUGGAUGGCUUUCAAAUUUGGUAGAGCAACUAGACAUGAUGUAAUUAAUUAUGUUUGAUCAAUAGUGUCGUAUUUUAAGCGCUGUUGCAGUCUUUUCCAAUACCUCUUGUAUAAGUGUAUAUAUAUGUUGUUUUUUUACAUUAAAGUUUGAUCACCCAUUCAUUUAAUAUAGGCUGAUAAAGAAAGAAAUUCAGCAAUUUAUCCAUAACCCUAAGACUUAGGGCUUUGAUACUUUGUGUGUGUUUUUCUAAGUUGGCUCACCGAUUAUUGUCUUCUACCGGUUUCACCGGAGGGGACUUGUGGUUUGUGCUCUGUGUGUCUGUCUGCCUGUCGGUCCAUCACACUUUUCUGGAUCCUGCGAUAAAACUUUAAUAGUUCUUCAUAUUUUUCACGAAACUUGAAACAUAGAUAGAUGGCAAUAUAGAUAUUAUUCACAUAAUUUCAUUUUGUUCCUACGUCAAAAAUUCUGGUUGCUAUGGCAACAAAUAAAAAAAUCAAUAAAAAUUCUGACAAUGGUGGAGCUGGUAUGGGACAUAUAUUGCUUGGCAAUAUUCUUGUUUAACAUAAGCUGAUAAAGAAAGAAAUUCAGCAAUUUAUCCAUAACCCUAAGACUUAUGGCUUUGAUAUUUUUUGUGAUUUUUAUGUCCCCCACCACUAUAUUGUUUUUGCCCUGUCUGUUGGUUGGUUUGUUGGUUGGUUUGUUUGUUUGCCCCAACUUUAACAUUUGCAAUAACUUUUGCAAUAUUGAAGAUAGCAACUUGAUAUUUUGCAUGCAUGUGUAUCUCAUGGAGCUGCUUAUUUUGAGUGGUGAAAGGUUAAGGUCAUCUUUCAAGGUCAAAGGUCAAAUAUAUAGCUUCAAAGCGGCGCAAAAGGGGACAUAGUGUUUCUGACAAACACAUAUCUUGUUUUGUUUAAGUUGGCUCACCCAUUUAUUUAACAAAGUCUGAUAUAGAAAGAAUUACAGCAAUUUACCCAUAACCCUAAGACUUAGACUCAUGUUAUCAUACCUCACAGAAUAUGCCAAUGCACAUUUCACCUAGGCCUAUAAUGCAGAACUCUGUAUUAUUUAUAUUAUGGGGCUAAGUGACUGUUUGUAAUAAAAAUAUGCCAUGAAACUUCUGAAAAAGAACAAAUGCUCAACUAUUUAACAAUGUUUUCUUAGUAUAUAUCAAUUUUUCAAUAGUUACACUAUAUACAUGCUGCUUGAAAUUUGCUGUACUGAUGAUACAUAUAAACUGUACUUUAAUUAUUGUUCAAAUGUUGUUCCCAUUGUCCAGUCUUUUACAAUGUAAUGUAUUUUUGUAUUGGUAAGAAACAUUAAGAAUUAUUAUGGACAUGUGUUGCUAGUUUCAGUAUAAUGAUAAUUUAGAAUUUUAUUUGACCAAUGUAAUAGGAACCUCAUAUGACGAUUUUUAUGUCAUAAAAGAACAAGAUGAAGAUAAACCGCAUGCUCAAAUGUGAAAACCGCUAUAUCUUUCCUUACACCAAAAUAAUAUGCUCUUGAAAAAACUUUGAAGCAGAACUUUGUAUAGAUUUAAAGUAACGAGAAUUGUGAUAUUAUUAACAUUGUGUUCAUAUCCAUAUUCUGAUGUUAUUUUGAAAGGUCAAACAUACUUAAAAUGAUAUAUUUGUAUAGCUGAUAGUUGAAAGUCCUUUAGUGUGUCAAAAUAUAAAUGAAUUAACUCAUGUUAUUGUCAUGGUUUAAAAUGCUACGAAUGAUAUUAUUCUUUUAUAAAGCGUACUGCCCAAAAAUAUACACUGUAAAUAGUCACUCUGAAGAUUGACUCCAUGUAUAUCUUUAUAUGUAACACGUUUUAUAUUGAAUAUUUGAUUAAAUGUUUUAACACAU